UAUCGAGUUAUCUCAGUGAUUCAAGGUCUUCGUCUGAUGCAGUUAAUCGACUCGCCACACAACACUGUGCAGCAUCAGCGGAAGGAAGCUGCGUCGCGCUAAUGAAUCCGUCGACGCGCGCGGGCUAAUCGAGUGGGGGCGGAACACGCACGAGAGUGAAGAGAGAGAGAGAGAGAGAGAGAGAGAGAGAGGGAGAAGGGAAAGGACCGACGCAGCUCGCAGUACUUAGGUAGUAGUUAGCCCAGCAGUCGCGACUGCAGCGGACGAUCCACGCGCUCGCGCGGGGGCGAACUACAUUUGGUGCAGCAGGAUAUUAAAAUAUACAACACAGCAGCGGCAGAGAAGAAAUUCGCGGAUUGCAAUCCCGGGGGUGAACGCUCCGCAAUCCCAGCGAGACAGCAAUAAAGAAGUUAUUAUAAGUAAUACAACGUACAACGAUCGUGUAUGCGUAUACUUAUACUGGAAACAUACGUAUAGGCAAAGGAAUCAUAAUAUCGAGGGAUCACGCGAAGGUUUACACAGUGGGUGUGCGUCUAUACUCCAGGCCAAGUAUUUGAACAUCUAGUCAAUAGAAUUCGAUUAUGAUAAGACAGCUCGGUGUGAGCGCCGAUAAGAGUUUCGGCAUCGUCGCCGGCACUUGCACGCUCAUUGAAGCUCGACAGAAGGCAAUCCCUCUGCUGUAAUGUGGAUAUACACGAGGCGGAAGAGACUUGUUUAUCAAUUAAAAAUUUGACUACUAUAGCUGCUACUUACGAUCGGACGCCCUCUUAUUAUCGGUCGGAUUCUGCUGCUGCUGAUAUGGUUUAAAUAAGCUAAUGCCAUCAGUGCGCAUUGUAGCUCAUUUUAGUCUCUAGCUGAUAGUCGUGCAUUGCACAUCGUACCACCAAGACCGCUUAGUAUUAUUCUAGAAGCAUGGCACCCUCUUUCUCGCUGGAGUUGGUCCUUUUGGCUUUCAUACUCAUAUUACCGUUCCUCUACGAAACCAGUAGGACCUUUAGGUACUACUUCAAGUUUCUCAUGUAUUACGGCUCAGUCAUGAUCAAUGCAGUGAUACUCAUACCAAUCAUGACGUUCCGUCCUAAAAAUGUGAAAAAUUUAUUAUUAGCUUCGUCUUUGUGUCAUCAUGCCAGCAGUUUACUGGGGAUCAGAUGGCAGAUCAGAGGUCGCGAGCAUUUAGAAAAGGAGCGUGCAUGCAUCAUAGUUGCCAAUCAUCAGAGCUCACUGGAUAUCUUAGGAAUGUUUGAUCUUUGGCCCGUGAUGGAUAAGUGCACUGUCGUUGCAAAGAAAGAAAUUUUUUAUGCUUGGCCAUUUGGAUUGGCAGCCUGGCUGUGUGGUCUGAUUUUCAUUGACAGAAUGAAUUCUGAAAAAGCUAGGUCAACUAUUAACACAGCUGUCGAGUAUCUUAAGGAAAAUAAGAUAAAGCUUUGGAUCUUUCCAGAAGGCACAAGACGUAACACUGGUGAAAUACACUCUUUCAAGAAGGGUGCUUUUCAUGUUGCCAUAAAUGCUCAAUUACCAAUUUUACCAGUAGUAUACUCUUCUUACUAUUUCAUGUCAAAGUCGGAAAAGCGUUUGGAUUCAGGGCGUGUGAUAAUUACUACUUUACCACCAAUCUCAACUGAAGGAUUGGAUGUUAAGGAUGUUCCUGAUUUAAUGGAAAAAACAAGAGCACUCAUGACUCAAGUAUUUCAUAACACCAACAAGGAGAUACAAUUGUCCAUGGCAUCCAAGAGACAAGAAGUCCGGUAGAGUACAAAUAAUAACUCAAAGCUUUGGAUCAUUGGUAACGAUAUGUGAAAUACUAAUUAACUAGUAUUCUUAUACACUUACUUAUAUUGCUCUAUAAUAAUUAUUAGCAAUUUGUUUUAAGAUAGGAAAUUUUGAUACUUUACUAAUAAUACUGAAUAGUUUUAUAUUUAAGUUUUUAUCUUUCUAAUAUUUCGGUAUUUUUGUUUUAUAUCAGGAAAAUUAUAUUUUAAUCACGAAAUAUUUUACAACGAAUCUGUUCCUAUGAUAUUUUAAACGUCUAGUUUUAAAAAAGUCUGAUUUUAGAAUUAAAAAACAAUUUACAGAUUGCAAUUCCAAAAAAAUGUUUAAAUAUAUUUUUACAAUUUAUCAAUUUUUAAUUAGCCAUUCAAAUUAUAUGUACUGGUAUUCGUGAUAAGAAUAAGAUAAAUCUUCUAUCAUCUUUUAUCAUAGUUUUAAAAAUAGAAAUCUUGUACUUAUCCAACUUUUUUCUAGGCUUCUUCGAUAAUCUCCUUAUCUCAUAGUAAAUGCGCACUUUCCUCUAAUGGCUAUUCACUUAAUAGUAAUUUCCAGCAUGUGAUUGCACAACUACUUUUUAAAAUUAAAAGACCAGUGGUUUAAUUCUUAAUUUAAAAGAUUGAAAUGAUUAAAUGAUGCAAGAUUUAUCUGAGAAUAUGAAAGUUCAGUAAAAGGUAUACUUUUUAACAUAAUUAUCGAAUGAAAGUGCCUUAUUUUACAUUGAACUAUUUUUAAACAUAGUUUUAGUUUUUACGCAAUAACGCUCUAAAAUUAAACUUCUGAUGAUUUUAGAAGAAAGUUUAUGAUAGGAUAUUUAAAUCUACUACUUUAUUAAUAAUCCCUAAACUCAUUUAAAAAUAUUUUCCACGUUAUCGUUACUAAAAUGAACCGGAGCAAAAGCGGGGAAUUUAGAAAAAAGAAACUGAUUGAAAGGAUAAUUUUUUGUUAAACUUUUUUAACCAUGAGAAACUGGAGGAUGCACUUUGUAUACAAAGCACAGCUAGCCAAUAACUGCGAAUGAUUAAAAAAAACAUAUUUGCACAAAAUACAAUGCUUACUGUAUAAAUGCAACAAUAUUCAUUGUAUAUUAUUUAAGCAAGUGUAAGAAUGAGUAAAAGUGUAGUCUCUCCAGUUCCUUAUUAAUUUUAACAAAGUCAAAGUCUUUAAAAUGUGAUUUCAAUGUAGACUUUCCUUAGAAUUGUGAUUUUUGAUCUUUAUUAAGGAAAACCAAAGAUAACAUCCAUAGCGAAUCUUAUUACAUAUAGUUUUUAAAUUUUAAGACUAUAUUUGUUUUUGCUGUAAAAAUAAUCUGAAUCAUGUAAGCUUAUGGCAAAUGAGAUUAAUACAACCAGUGAGAUAUGAAAUGUACAGCUUUCAACAGUCAUUGUUAAAUAGUUACUUUUUUAUUGCCUUUUUGGUGACAUUAUUAUUAAUUAUAAGUUCAAUUGCCAUUGUAUAAAGCGUUUUUAUCUGUUUGCAAAGGAAUGUAUUUUUCAGAGUGCCAAGCUUUUUUAACUUUAAUGGUUACAUUCCAGUUAUAUAUAGGUAAACUUUGCUUUUAUUUGUAAUAGUCAAUUGUGUAAAGUCAAGAAAGUAAGCUUUUAUUUGUGAAACUUUUGGUACGUAUACGAUAAGCAAGUAUGAAAAUAAAAGGUUUUUGCACGAAAAUCAUGUAUUAUCAAAAAUUUUAUUAAUAAAUAAAAAUUACACUGUAUU